AUGUCGCACCCAACCGCGGAGCUGCGUGAGAGGCGCAUAGUCGUGCUCAUAUCGGGUUCAGGGUCAAAUCUGCAGGCUCUGAUCGACGCCCAAAACACCCCCGCGCUUCCCUCCACCCGAAUUUCCCUCGUCCUCUCCAACCGAAAAGCAGCGUAUGGGCUCACCCGAGCUGCGCAGGCAACUCCUCCUAUUCCCACCGCAUACCUUGCCCUCCAGCCAUACCUCAAGGCGAACCCCGGCAAGACACGAGCGGACUACGAUGUCGAAGUCGCUCGCAUCGUUGUGCAGGAGAACCCGGACCUCGUCGUUCUUGCCGGGUGGAUGCACAUCAUGAGUGAGGGGUUCCUCGAUGUUGUCAACGGUGAUCGACCAUACGAUGGCGAAAAGCGGGUGGUCAAGCCCAUCCCCGUAAUUAACCUCCACCCUGCUCUCCCUGGCGCUUUCGACGGCGCACACGCGAUCGAGCGAGCCUACGAGGCAUUCCAGAAGGGGGAGAUCAAGCACUCCGGGGCUAUGGUUCACCGCGUGGUGAAAGAGGUCGACCGCGGAGAGCCUGUGCUGGUCCGGAAUGUGGAGAUCCUACCUGGGGAGCCUAUAGAGGCGUUUGAAGAGAGGCUGCACAAGAUCGAAUGGCAGAUUAUAGUGGAGGGCACGGCGAAGGUACUGGAGGAAAUCGCACCUGUAACAUCUGUAUCAUCAUAACAUGUUGUAUCCAUAUCCGCCAGAAGAGCAC